AUUACCGCUCAAUGUUUGCUACAAGCUGAACAGGUGGCUAAAGCUGGAAUCCUAACAGUAACAACACAGAGUUCUAUGCCAUGUCAGACUACCUUUGGUUUGAAGGAAUACCUUUCCCUGCUGUAGGGUUUGAAAAAGAAAUAAUUCAAGAAGCUUGUGAUAAGUUUGUGAUCAGAGAUGAAGACACAGUCAUACUUUCUUACCCCAAAUCAGGAACUAACUGGCUGAUUGAGAUUGUCUGCUUGAUUCAGACCAAGGGGGAUCCCAAGUGGGUCCAAUCUGUGCCUAUCUGGGAACGUUCACCCUGGUUAGAGACAGAAGAUGGACAUAAAAUAUUACUGAAUAAGGAAGGACCACGCCUCAUCAGCUCCCACCUUCCCUUCCAUCUUUUCCCCAAGUCCUUCUUCAGUUCCAAGGCCAAGGUGAUCUACAUCAUCAGAAAUCCCAGAGAUAUUCUUGUGUCUGGUUAUUUUUUCUGGUCUAAGACAAACCUUGUUAAGAAUCCAGAAUCACUGAGAACUUAUUUUGAAUGGUUCCUCAAAGGAAAUGGUGAGUUUGCUAUUAUAUAUAGGACUUGGGAGAGGAUCAAAGAUAUUUUUAAAGACAAGAUCAGAUAUAGCUCAGGCUGCUCUUGAACUCUCUACAUAGAC